AAGCAUUGUCUUUGACGCCAUAAAAAGCAAGUGUAACACCGAAAGGUAUAUAUAUUACGCACGCAUAGUAAGUACCUACGCCGUGAGACCCAUCUAAACGUACAGCGCAGGCGCGUCGCGCGGUAACCGCGCGACCGACCAAUAGGAGCGCGCCUCUCGCGCUUCGAGAAAGUUCGCGACUAACGAACGAGAGAGUAGUUGGGCGAUGAGUGUCCUAGUGAUAUCAUACAAUACUGUUUUGUUGUUAAAUAUUGUAAUAUGUUGUAAUACAAUUUUCAAUAAAUAACGUGCUCACCCGUUACAUUGGCGCUCAACUAGUGGCCGAACUAUGCCUAGACGAGGCGCGAAUCGUCCAGAGCUGGACAAGGUAGUAGAAGACGAAGAGCUGCAGGAAGUGGGCGAGCUGACCAGUGGAGUCCCCCCACAAACGCACCUUCCGUCGAUGUCACACAACCAGUCAGUGAUGGAAGCAUUCGCGAGGAACAUGGAAGCGUUCACAAGGAACCAAGCCGAAACAAACAGGACUCUCAUCGAAACGCUGUGUUCAGUAUUUCCCCAACCACUGAGAUCGUCUACACCAGCGACGCCCGGAACGACUGCGGCGAGCGGAGCCACGCCCGUCCUUCAAAGCGGUGACUUUAGUAGGUGUACGGCUCGAUUCCACGGAGAAUCCAGGGAUAAUGAAGCAAUAGAGGCAUUCAUCGACGCUAUUCUGGUCUACAAGGAAUGCACCAGCGUCAGCGACGAGCACGCGCUGCGCGGCCUGCCCAUGCUGCUGGGCGGGGACGCAGCGAUUUGGUGGCAGGGCAUCAAGAGAGACGUGCGCGACUGGGACGAAGCCGUUCUCCGCCUCCGCACGAUGUACGGAGCCACGAAGCCGGGGUACAAAAUAUUCCGUGAAAUUUUCUCUCAAGAACAACCCGACGACCAGAAGAGUGAAGUUUUUGUGUGUAGAGUUAGGGCUCUCUUAACUAAACUGCCAUAUGAACUUUGUGAAGCCGCGCAAGUGGACAUUGUGUACGGCCUAUUAUCAUAUAAAAUUCGUAAACGUGUUCCGCGCGAUACUAUAGUGUCCCUGGACAGUUUAGUGAUAAAAUUACGCGAUGUAGAGGAGUCCAUGGCGGAGGUACAGUAUAACUUGUCCGGGAAAACUGUAAGUAAUACAAAAGCUUAUAAUAAUAAAACAGCUGAUAGGUCAUUGAACCCGUCAACCUCCGUUGGCCCCGCGCCCCCUUCUAGUGCAAACACGGCUCCUAAAACACAACGACUACGUUGUUCGUAUUGUAAAAAUUAUGGGCACCGUCUAGAAGAUUGUAGAAAAUCCAAACAACAGCCGACCGGCAACGACGACACGGUCCGUUGCUAUGGUUGCGGACAAGCAGGCGUUAUUCGGUCGAAAUGCGGAAACUGUAAAGAUAAAAAAGUCUAUUCUAAAGGUCCAGAUUUCAAUUCGGCAAUUAUAGAUAACAACCAUACCUAUGUUUAUAACUAUAGUACAGACAAACCAUGUUUGAGUUCGCCGACCAAUAUACCUACUUGCAUAGGAACGGUUUCGAAUAACGAAAGGGCGUAUUCUGGAGAACGUCUCUAUUCUGUAACAAAUUUUGAUUAUAAUAAACGAUGUCCGUAUUACGUAGAACGUCCUUAUGCUUUAAUAGUAAUAAUAGUGAACCGUCGUGUACUAAAUCGUAUUUUGAACCGGGUUCGAUUCCCGAUAAAUUUCGAUUUCACACUUUUUCAUCCGAUAACGUUAGCUCAUCAAAGGCUUGUCGCAUUCCCUCCCGCGAAUGUAUUAUGAAUUCUUGAGAUAAGCAACGCCUUUAUGGAGUCUGACCGGGAGCGACCCUUGAUCGACAUCGGUAUUGGGGAUUUUGAAGGUGUCGCCAUGGUGGACACCGGUGCCACGCAUUGUAUUGCUAGCCCGAUGCUCUAUCGUGUGUUACAGCGUAGUAACGCACGUUUCUUAGAAACGCAACGUUCUAUUCGUUUAGCCGACGGUACCGCAAAAGUGUGUACUGUGUUUACUAGCGAUGUUAUUGUUAAAUUACAAAAUCGUAGGAUACUUACCACAUUUUUAGUCAUACCCGGAGCGGAUACAAAGACGCUUCUUGGAGGAGACUUUAUUCAAAGCGCGGGUAUGGUGCUGAAUAUACCUCAACGUUCAUGGUAUUUUGUAGAUGAACCUGAGCGCAAUUACGAUUUUGUGCAAAGUUACAGACUCCGGUCGGAGACUGACGAGGACAUGUUUUAUGUCGACACUUUUCAGAACUUAAGAGAAGAUGAGGGCGCCGACCUCUCAGAGGGCCAGCGCGCCCAGCUUAAUAAGCUACUAGCCGAGAAGGUAGAUCGCUUCGCCGCGGAAGGCGAACCUACCAGUUUCAUCACUCACCGCAUAAAGGUAAGUGAAAAGCAGGAACCCAUCGCUUCGCCGCCGUACCGCAUGUCGCCUGGGAAAAGGGCGAUUCUUGAACGAGAGCUGGAAAAGCUCCUGUCCACUGACGUGAUCGAAGAGUGCGAAUCACCAUGGGCAGCUAACGUGGUUUUGGUGAGUAAAAAGGAUGGAGCUGCGCGGUUGUGCAUCGAUUAUAGGAAACUCAAUGCGGUUACAGAACCCGAUCGUUACCCUCUGCCGCGGAUGGAUGAUGUGCUCCACGCUGCUAAGACUAGCAAGUUUAUGUCCACUUUGGACCUGCGAUCUGGGUACUUUCAGGUCAAUGUCGCUGAAGAGGAUCGUGACAAAACUGCGUUUGUCACGCCAUUAGGCACCUAUAGGUUUAAGCGUAUGCCUAUGGACCUACGCAAUUCUGGCGCUACAUUCCAGCGUUUAAUGGACAGAUUCAGGUCUAACCUGCAAAAUGUCUGUCUGCUGUGUUAUUUAGAUGAUCUGAUUGUUUUAUCUGAUAGCUUCGAAAAGCACAUUGAAGACCUUAAUGCCGUCUUCGCCAGGUUAGAGCUAUUUGGAUUGAGAGCCAACCGGGAGAAGAGUUCCUUCGUCCGCGGCUCUGUGAAAUUUUUGGGUCAUCUUAUCGUUCCAGGCGGAAUCCAAGUCGAUCCUGACAAGACGGCCGCUAUUGACAACAUGCCAGCGCCGAAGAAUAUUACGCAUCUAAAGUGUUUUCUGCAAACGUCCAGUUGGUUUAGGCGUUUUAUUCCUAAUUACGCAGAUGUGGCGAGGCCGCUAACGGCGCUUCUUAAAAAGAACAGUGUUUGGCUGUGGACCACAGACAGGCAAGCUGCGUUUGAUCACAUCAAAAGGCUGCUUGUUUCGGCUCCGAUACUUCGUCAAGCCGACGAAAGACAAGCGUUCAUCAUUAGGACUAUAGUAGUGGGUAUUGCCUCGGGGCAGGGGGAGGGCCCGGAAGAGCGCCCUGUUGAAUACGCUAGCCGUCUCUUGACGCAGGCUGAACGGAAGUAUGCCGAUGGAGCUCGACGUGCUACUCCUGCAUAUGAGGUGGGUGAUCUAGUCUUGCUAAAAACUCAGGGUCCAAACGACGCCGGUCGAGGGCAGACUCCCAAAUUCAUCCCUAGGCGCGACGGUCCUUAUAAGAUAGGCAAAGUGUUAAGUAUUUCGACUUACCUUUUAGAGCGGAGCAACGGAGAGGUAUUAGGGAAGUACCAUUCGUCGCAAUUGGUUCCAUUUGUGGGUCAAUUGCAACAGCCUCUGCAAGAAAAGCGCAGGAGGGGACGUCCACGUAAAUCAUAAAAAAAUCUGAUGCGAAUGUCCAGGUGCUACUCCAAACGCGAGGGCGCCUUGUUUGGACUAGAGGGGGAGGCUGUAACACCGAAAGGUAUAUAUAUUACGCACGCAUAGUAAGUACCUACGCCGUGAGACCCAUCUAAACGUACAGCGCAGGCGCGUCGCGCGGUAACCGCGCGACCGACCAAUAGGAGCGCGCCUCUCGCGCUUCGAGAAAGUUCGCGACUAACGAACGAGAGAGUAGUUGGGCGAUGAGUGUCCUAGUGAUAUCAUACAAUACUGUUUUGUUGUUAAAUAUUGUAAUAUGUUGUAAUACAAUUUUCAAUAAAUAACGUGUUCACCCGUUACACAAGUUUUUUUAGCAAUGUAUUAUGAUCAACGCAAUCAAAAGCCUUAGAAAGGUCACAAAAAACAC